CACCCAGGUUUCAGUGUGAAGAAUGAGUUGUUUCGUGGACACAUUUUUUUUACCUUAAGUUCAGAGAGAAGGCUGUUAUGCAUGUGGGGGUUGGGAGUUCUUUGUUCUGUGACACAGUGAUGACAUCAAGAUAAACUGCCACUAGACUGAGAAAAAUGGACUGGCUGCUAGAGGGCUUGCUUGGGGUUGAGGGGGACAAGGGGCUUCUUUGGGGCCAGCUAACCCAUUCCCUCGCCUGCAGACACUGUGGCAGCAGUUGCCUCCAGAGUACAGGGAAUAUAGUGAUACUAUUCCUGUUCAUGGUUUGGCAGAUCCGGAAGUGGUGGCAACUUGGGAACUGGCGACAUCUUCAGCCCUGGUACUCUGGAGACAUCAUGCAAGGCAAGGGCCUAUCACUUCUAUACCAUGUGGCUUUCUUUGGUCAUUUGUGGAGGCAGAAGUCGGAGGAGGAAGAAGAGGAAGAAGAGGAGGAGGAAGAGGAGAAAGAACAGGCAGUAUCUCUGGGUCCAUUGAAGCCAAAUUUUCUUUCCAAAGAAGCUCCUAUUGGACAGCAAGCCACCACAGCUCCAUCCCAACCAUCCUGUGAUCCUGAGAGCCUCCACAAGGCCAUAGAAACAACAGAGCUAGUACUCAGACAGACCCCAAGCCCUCCUAGAUCAUUCCCCACCUUUCAGAUCCUGACCAACCUGCCUGUGAGGCAUAAGACAUCAGGGAGUGAUCUACAGCAGAGAAAAAUCCAGCUCUUCUGGGGACUCCCUUCUCUGCACAGUGAGUCCUUGGAGGCCAUCAUCCUGAGUUCAGGUGACCCCUCUCCCCUGAAGUUACCUGUUGGUCCUUCUGUCUGCUUCAACGAGUUUUCCUUCCUGCAUAGGUCCAACCUGCUGUUUCCCCAGUAUUGCUCCCCAACCCAGCUUCCUACCCCUAAAGUCCAUACCACAAAAGAUCUGGAAGAGAUGACCCCUAAUCCUCAGCAACGUCCCUCUCCACUUUACCCUUCUGUCCCAUCACCACCCCUCCAUCUUAAGUGCUUUCCCAUAGACGACAAAGGAGUCCAUUCUGGUGCUCAGGCACAUACAGAGUGGCUUCUGUGGCAGAGAGCGGCCCCUCAGGUCUCUGAGGAUCAAGCCCUGCACCCGCAGCCUGAACUACAAAGAACCAGACCCUCAAAUUUUCCCCCCUCAUCUGAGGUCUGGCGGGGGAGGCCAUGGGAUCCUGGCUUCCCACAACACACCCCAGAUCCACUCUCUGCCUCUCUGCUGUCUCCCUCUAACUUUCUGGGAGUCCCGACUAGGUUUGAGGCCCCAUGGAGGACCAUGGUGCAAAAGGAGGACCCCAAAGCCUCUGAGACAGCAAUGCUAGUUCCCAGCCCAACCCCAGCCUCUCUGCCAGAACUCCAGGGAGUCAGCCCUAAAGGAGACCUGUCUGGAGCUGAGGACCACUGGGAAAACAGAAGACAAAAUGAGAAUCCUCAGAUUUCUGAGCCUCCAAUCCUGGUCCCUUUCCAAUCUGUAGCCCCCAUAACAGAGCCUCAAGGAACUAGACACCUGGAAGUACCCCCUGGAUGUGAGUCUCAGUGGAGAACCACAGGACAUAAACAGAGUUCUCAAGCCUCUAAGCUCCCAAUGCCAGCAUCUUACCAAUCUGAUUCUCUGUCAGAACCCCAGAAAGUCAGCUCUGAAGGACCACCUACAUCUAAGGACUUCUGGGGAACCACAGAAUACACACAGAAGCCUCCGGCCUCUGGGUAUCUAAUGCCAGUCCCCUGUCCUCCCUCAGACCUCCAGCAAGAACUCCAGAGAGGCAGUCCCCUGGGAGAUUUAUCUGGAUACAAGCCUCACUGGGGAUGCAGAGGAAAUCCACAAGCUUUUGAGCCCCCAGCCUUGGACCUCAACCCAGGAUUCUAUGGAACCAGCCCUGCAUGUAUCCCAUCAGGAUCUGAGACUCUAUGGGAAGGCAUGCAAAAGAGAGAACAUCUUUGGGUCUCUGAAGACUCAGUUUCAUCUCCCAGCCUUCCUUCAGCCUGUCUGCUGGAGUCUCUAGGAAUGGGCCCCCAGGGAGUCCUAUCUAAGUCCAAGGCUUUGGGGGAGACUAUGAGGCAGAUAGAGAAUCUCUGGACCUCUGAGUCUACAGCCCCUUCAUGGGGGGACAUGAAGCAGAAAAAUAUCUGUUGUGCUCCUGUGUCCCCAUUCUGGGACCCUAGCCCACAUCCAAACUCUAUGUCAAAGUCUCACUUAAGUGAGCCUAUGAGAGACCAAGGCAACUAUAAGCCUGAGGGGGAAGCAUUGGAACAGAAAGAGAACAGCUGGGCCACUGAGCAACCAGCCUUAUCUCCCAACACACUUUCUGCUCCUCUAACAGGUCCACACAUUGACCCUGAGUUUGUCUGGGGGAAUGUGCAACAAAGAGAGAGCCCCCAAGGCCCCAGUCCUCCAAUAGUGGAUCCCCUGCAGCCAAUAAACUGGCCUCCCACCCUAGCUGAAACUCUGAAGACUGAGCCCAACCAGCCUGGUCUACCCAAGGAAGAGCUGUUCCCAGGAGCUAAGGCACAGGUUCCACACUCCCCGAGAGAGGCUGUCCUAGAGAUAUCCACCCAUUCUGGGAUCCAGGCUUGGCACUGGAGUAGAGAAUUAGAACUCAGGCUGAAGAAACUACAGCUGAGCCCUGCUCCCAGAUCUCCUGGUCCAAGUCAAUCAUUUGGCAGUUCCCCUGCCCUGAGCUCCACAACUCCCGGCACUUGGGGACUCUCUUCCUGUUCUUCACAGCAGACUUAUCCCCCCAGUCUGUGCUCCCAGUCUUCAAGCUGUCAACCCGCACAAGUUGAGAGCACAGUGACUCAGCCUGUCCAGGUCUCCCACUGUUAUGACUCCCACUCCUCUUCCCAUCCUCAGCCACAAGGGUCUGGUAGGGCAGAACAAAGGUUUCAGAGAGAGGAAAGAAUGAAGGCAAAGAUGGUGGCCCGGGUGACCCAGGUCUCACCUCAGGGACAAUCUGUUCACAUGGAGGCUGAUGAGAACUGCCCAGGCUUGAGAGAGUCCUCCAACUCUGAGGUUCCAGUCUCGGUCAACAGACAGAACAAGGCUUCAGUCUUAGCAUCAGCCAAAGAGAGAGAGAACCCCAGGAAACCCAAAUCAGGAGACCACAGAGGAGGGGAUGCAAGAUUGGGGCCAUCCACAGUUAUAGGAAAGAGCCAUCCAGCCCAGGGCAGACUAGUGGAGGUCCCUGUAAGCCGACUUUUCCAAAGAUCUCGGCACAGGAACCAGCGGUCUCUCAACACUGCUCUCCCCCAGCAGCUUCACUCUAAGGCUGCAGGUCCCCAAGAUAAGCGAGGAGCAGAGCUGAGAGCUGGUGAUAUCCUGAUCCCUCGGCACUGUAAGCACUGCUGCCCCUGGGCCCAAAUGGAGAAACAUCUCUCUUCCCCCACACCUCAGCCUCCCCUUAUCAGGGGUCUCCAAAGGAUAUUUGCCAAGCUUCCGGGUACCCAUGGACCCAUGCCCACCAAAUCCAGUCAGCAUGAGAAAAAAGCUGAUAGUACUGGCACCUGAGGGCUGGGGAGACAAGCAGAGGAAAUCCUAAUAAACUAGGUAAAUUAAACAAAUCCAACUCAUGAUUUCUUUGGAGUCUGGGGUACUGGGAAUGUCAGUUCCCUAUUAACUUCUCCAGCAACUAUAUUCCCUCAGAAUCAGGUCCCUAAAAUAGAGAGUUCAGGAUUCUGCAAGCUUAACUUUCUUCUCAAGCCCUUCACAGAUAGAUGAUCAAUCUGGGAUCCACACAUCCCUGCUCUAUGGGGUGAAGCUUAAAGGCCAGGGAGCACAGUCCAGUGCUGCCCUUGAGAAGAACUUCAUAGCAAGUGAACAGAAGAAAAAUACAUCUCUUCACAUGAGCACAACUGGUCUUGGUCUAGACUCUAGGCAGACCCAGGGUAUGCCUGGGUAUGGUCCCCUUCUUCACCCGCUCGACCCACAGUUCUCCACAUAUCUUUCCAUCUCUUCUCAGCCCUCUACUCCUAUUCUCCCUGGGUCAACUCAACAACCAUUCAUUCCCAAGGUUACAAAAACAAGUCCUCUCAUGUUUAAUGGCCAUUUGGAUUUCUUCUAGAAUUGCCUGUUCAUAUCCUUUACCCAUUUUUCCACUGCUGCACUAUUUGUUGGAUAUUGUAUUCGUUUUCGGCUGCUGCCAUAACAAAUUACCACAAAACAACACAGAUUUACUUUGUCAGAAAAAUAAAAUCAAGGGGUUGACAGGGUUGCAUUCUUUUCUGUAGGCACAGGGCAGGAUUCAUUCCUUGUCUUUUCUGGGUUCUAGAGGAGCCUUAGCUACUGGGCCUCUUUCUCCAUAUUCAAAGCUAACAAAGGCUAGUUCUCAUAUCAUAUCAAUCUGCUCUCUAUUGCUUCCCUCUUCCACUUGUAAGGACACGAUAAAUACUUGGUCCCACCUGGAUAAUCCAAGAUACUAUUCCCAUCUUAAAGUCAGUUGGUUAACAACCUUAAUUCCAUUUACAGCCUUAAUUCCCUUUUCCAUGAAAAACAGCAUAUUCACAGGUUGCAGGGAUUACGACAUCGGACAUCUUGGGAGAGCCAUUAUCCUGCCUACCACAACCUAUUAUGUAUAGCACAGUUAUUUUCUCCCAAUCUGUGACUUAUUUUCUAAUUUUGUUUAAGGUGAUUUUUACUCUACCAAAGUUCAAAAUUUUUAUAUAAUACAAUUUACCAACAUUUC